CGGUGGACUUUCCAGAGGAACGAACGGUGGUUCGAAGACACCUUGCCCCAUUUGGGCGAGUUCCAUUUCAAGCAAGCCUUUCGCGUCUCUCCUGCCACCUUCAGAUUCCUGGUGGAGUUAUGCAGGUGCCUCCUGGAGCGAGAGAGAACCAAUAUGGGGGAGCCAAUCUCCCUCGAGAAGCGAGUGGCAGUAGGAUUGUACCGUUUGUGCUUGAGCGCCGAAGACAGGACAAUCGCGCACGUAUUCGGAAUCGGUCGCUCAAUCGUAAACAUGCUGUACAAAGACUUCUGCGAUGCCGUGAUUCAAAAGCUGGAAAACGUCUGGCUCCGGAUGGUCCGUUCGGACGAGAUGACGGCACAUAUGCGCGAGUUCUUCGGUGUUUUUGGAUUCCCGCACGCUGUCGGCGCCCUGGACGGCUGCCACUUUCCAGUGUCGCCACCCAAAGAGCAUGCAACGGAUUACCACAACUACAAGGGGUGGUAG